CUGUUCCCAAAAUGCAUGUUAAUACCUAGAGUUUGACGAUCUGUCUCUUGACAUUAAAUGGAGUUAAUUAAGAAUUUCAAUUUCGCAGUGAUGAUCUGCCUAGGAAUUUGAAAAACUUUUGGCUGGGUAUAUUCAUGCAUCCGUUCCAAAAUUGACAACACGCUUACAUAUAUAUAUGGAUGGAGCAGUUACCCAAGAGAAUUGCAAAGGUCAAUGAACCUUAAUUAUUCAAGCGCGUCUACAAGGAUACAUGAACCAUAUAUAAACAAGAUUCAAUUUAUGCAAUCUGUGUGUGUGUGUGAGAGCAAAAAAGAUCGGAACAUCUCAGAGUAGCUUAUACUACGCAGCUCUGAGAUCAACAAACUGACCAAUUCACCAUCAGAAAAAUUUGUCAAGAAAGUAAUCGAUCAAGAGAAGCGCCGAUGGCUUCUUUAUUUUCUUUAAAGAAAAGUGGUGAUGAAACAAGAGAUAUAAGCAGUUUUGUUACUCAAGUGUUUUCUUGGUCUAUUGGUAAUAUUUUCAACCAUGACCUUUACAAAAAUAAGGUAAAUAAGAUCCCAGAGACGUUUUUUUCAGUGGAGCAGUACUUGAAUUCAUUUCGUUAUCCUCUUCUUGAGGAGACACGUGCUGAUUUGUCUUCAAAUAUGAAGAGCUUGUAUCAGGCACCGAAAUGCAAAAUAGUAUCCGUGGAGAAGCAUAAAGAUUAUAAGCCACCAAAAAACUUCGUUUACAAAAUAUUGUUGGUGGAUACUGGAACAGAUAGUAUAUCUAAGAAGGAGGCAUACAAGCCUCAAGCUUCUGACUUAAUUGCUUUCUCGGAUGUGCGGCCUGAAAAUGUCAAGGACUUCACUCGAAUGUCAUACAUUCCUGCUAUGGUUUUAAAUGUGGAUGGUGACACAUCAAAACCUUGUUCAGUAGAAGUUCUUUCGUCAAAACCCAUUACAACAGUUGGUCCUCUUUUUGCUGUAUUUCUUAUAAAUAUGACAACAAAUCUUUCGUAUAUGGAGAGCAUUAAGUGGCGAAAGAAAUGGAGAUAUUAUACAGAAGGUUUUAUUGGAAUUGACUGUGGACUCUGUUCUCAUCAAGAAGCUGAAAUGAUGCUAAGUAAUGGCUUGGACUCGUUCGAUCUUAAUGAAUCUCAACUUCAUGCAGUGUUGCGCUCUAUAGCUACAAGUUCUUGUAGUCACAAAAAUUCAGUGAAACUUAUUUGGGGCCCUCCUGGAACUGGGAAAACAAAGACGAUUGGUGUACUUCUAAGUGCAUUACUAAAAUUGAAAUGUAAAACACUUACAUGUGCUCCAACUAAUACUGCAGUUGUGGAGGUAACAACAAGGCUGAUGAGUAUUGUUAAGCAGACUUUAGAGAGUAGCAAUUACGGGUUGGGUGACAUAGUAUUAUUUGGAAAUGCCGAAAGAAUGAAGAUUAAUGAUACUGGUGACCUUCAUGAAGUUUUCUUUGAUUAUCGCUGUAAGAUACUUUGGCGUUGCUUCGCCCCGCAUAGUGGAUGGGGGUAUCAGUUAAAAUCAAUGAUAUUAUGGCUUGAAGAAGCAUAUCAGCAGUACCUUCUCUGUCGAGAAAACGCAAAAGAAACUGCUGAAAGUAUCAACAAUCAGGAAGUGGUGAUUGAAGAUUUCAGUGAGUUUCUAAGAGGCCGAUUCACUGACAUUGAGAAAGAAAUGAGAUUUUCAAUAGUAUCUAUAUGUUCGCACAUGCCCACGUCAUUUCUUUCUGUCACACUGGUAAAGAAAAUGUACACCGCUCGUAACACGCUCAAGGAUUUCCGAAGUUUGCUAAAGACUAGUUCUUUUUCCGAACUAGAGCUCAAGAAAAUAUUUUCUAAGUAUGGAAUGACAGGUUUCUCUGAUACAUCAACUUCUGCGUUGUUGUCAUUAAGAAAGAUAAGAACUGAGUGCCUUGAAGUUUUGAGGUCACUUGAAGAGUUUACUUUUCCCAACUUCCCGGAUGAAGGUUCAAUCAGAGAUUUCUGUUUGCAAAAUGCUUGCCUUAUUUUCUGCACUGCUUCAAGCUCGGCCAAUCUAAGUGGUGUGAAAAAUUUGAAGUUAGUGGUUGUCGAUGAAGCUGGACAGCUUAAGGAGUGCGAAUCAGCAAUACCACUUCAACUACCUGACGUGAAACACGCGAUUCUCAUAGGCGAUGAAUUACAAUUGCCUGCGAUGGUUCAAAGCAAGAUUUCAGAAAAUGCUGGUUUUGGACGAAGUCUCUUUGAGAGAUUGGUAUCUCUCAAACACGAUAAGCACCUGCUGAAUGUGCAAUACAGAAUGCAUCCCUCUAUAAGUGUUUUCCCCAAUGAACAAUUCUACAACAAACAAAUUUUGGAUGCCUCCAAUGUCAAAGAAAAAAGCUAUAACAGAAAAUUUCUUCAAGGAAGUAUGUAUGGGUCUUUUUCUUUUAUCAGUGUUUCCUACGGCGAGGAGGAAUUCAAUGAUAAGCACAGCCUUAAAAAUGUGGUGGAAGUAGCAGUAAUUUCAGAGAUAAUUGAAAAUUUAUACAACGCUUCGACUGCGAAUAGUUACAAGGUAAGUGUGGGUGUUAUAUCUCCUUACAAAGCUCAAGUGCAUGCGCUCAUGGAUAAACUAGGAAACAAAUAUGCCGAGAUGGAUAGUAAUUUCUCAGUGAGUGUUCGAUCUGUUGAUGGGUUUCAAGGAGCCGAGGAAGAUAUUAUCAUUAUGUCUACUGUGAGGUCAAAUUCAAACGGAAAAGUCGGAUUCCUUUCAAAUCAUCAACGAACAAAUGUUGCAUUAACAAGGGCGAGGUACUGCCUUUGGAUUUUAGGGAAUGGGCGUACAUUAAUAGACAGUGAUUCAGUUUGGAGUAAGUUAGUUUGUGGGGCGAAGGAGAGAGGUUGUUACUUUAAUGUUGAUGACGACAAGAUGCUAUCGGAAGUGGCUAUAGAAGCCUCGACGGCAAGAUUAGCUUCACUUAGCCUUGGGGAACGCAGCUCCACUAAUCCAAGUUCAAGCGGAAUCAAAAAGACACAAGGAUUCAGGCGCAACUCAAAGAAAAAGUGGUAGCAGAUGAAAAAUUAGCUCAAGUACUUGAAAAGAGUUUAUCGUUUCGUAUGUUAUGGUCUAUUUAGAUAUGUUGUGUUCGGUUAAUUUUGAAGUUCAAACUUUUGUUAAAUUUUAGCAGCAUUCCUGUUCAAAAUGUUUGACGUUUUAUGCUUGAUAGACAGUAGUAUUGGAGUGUAUUUUACUGUUUGUCUUGGA